CCGCUGCCCCACCCGCUGCCCGCCAUCGACUCCCUCCGGCGCCCGUCCCGCCAUCCCCCGCACCCCGCCUCCCACUCCGGCUCGCCCAGCUUGGACCACCCGCGAGCCUACUACGAUCCCACCGUCUCCGUCCCGCUCGCCUACCGCGAGUCGUAUCCGUCCCACCCGUCCACCCACCCAAGUUCCCCCUAUCUUCCCCCUCCCACCCCGUCCGCGUACGGCUACCGCGCCCCGUCCCCGUUCCGGAUCCCGCCUCCGUUGACGUUCAGGUACUCUCGCUCACCGCCGCCUCUUGACACCAUGCCGCCACGCAAAAAGGCCGAGCCGUCGACCGCAGACACAGCGGCUGCAUCCAAUGCAUCAGCGACUACCGGCGCACCGGCCUCUGCCAGCACGAGAGCAAGAAGAGGUGCCAACGGCAAGGGAUGGACGACCGAGCACACGUACGAGCCCAACGGCCAGCGCAAGGAGGUCAUCGUCAUUGACGAUUCUGCCAGCCCAAUGGUGCAGCCUGUGAGAAAGAGGACACGGGCGCAGGUCGCGGCUGAGCAAGCAGCCCAGCAACAGCAGUUACAUCAGGCCUAUGCGAGCACGAACGCGGGCUACUCAGAUACGGUGAGCAUAUCAAAUGGGCACGGCAGCGUGGCCAGCACCGCCGGUACAGCAGCGGGAGGAACCACGAAGAAGAGAAAGUUGGAGGAGGACCAGGGAAAGAAGGCAAAAGCCAAGGUUGCGAGUACGGCGACGUCGGCAUCAAUACAGACGACCGGCACCUGGCAAUCGACCCAACAGGCUGCCCCAGCAAAGGCCACCCAGUACCAGAAAGCCCCCGCCCAGCCGGCUCAGCAGCAGGGUCCACCACCGUGGGAUGACCCUGAAGGCCAUUACAUUGUCAAGCCUGACGAUGUUAUCGGCGGUAGAUACAAAAUUGUCAGGUUACUGGGUCAAGGAACGUUUGGUAAGGUGGUUGAAGCAAGACAUAUUGAGACACGGCGUAAAGUCGCGAUCAAGGUUAUCCGGGCCGUGCAAAAGUACCGUGAGGCGAGCAAAAUUGAGAUCAGAGUGCUUGAAACGCUUAGAAAGCAUGAUCCACGGAAUGACAACAAAUGUAUACAUCUCGACGAAUACUUUGACUUCCGGAACCAUCCGUGUCUCGUCUCAGAGUUGUACGGAAUGAGCGUAUUUGACUUUUUAAAGCAGAACGGUUUCCAACCAUUUCCGGAUAAGCACAUUCAAGACUUUGCAAAGAGUUUAUUAAGAAGCGUGUCCUACUUGCAUUCUCUCAAGCUCGUGCACACCGAUCUCAAGCCCGAGAAUAUUCUUUUAUGUUCAAAUGAGGCGAGAUUAGCAGGCCCUAGAGUCCGAAAUGCUCGUUCAAAGUCCAUCCUCAAGAACACUGAAAUCCGUCUUAUCGAUUUUGGUUCUGCCACUUUUGAAUCCGAAUAUCAUUCCUCUGUCGUCUCUACUAGACACUAUCGUGCCCCUGAAAUCAUACUUGGUCUUUCAUGGUCUUAUCCUUGUGACAUGUUCAGUAUAGGCUGUAUCCUGGUAGAGUUCUACACUGGAAACGCGCUUUUUCAGACGCACGACAAUUUGGAACAUUUGGCGAUGAUGGAGGUUGUGAUGGGUAAGUUUAGCCAGAGGAUGAUUGAGAAGGGAAAGAGUAAAAAGCCAGAGUACUUUAAAGGCAACAAGAUAGAUUUUCCAAACUCUACGGUUUCCAAGGCGAGCAGAAAAUAUGUCAAGAGCAUGCAAAGCCUAAAGCAAGUGAUCGAUCCUGCCAACAGACAUCAACAGUUGUUCCUUGACCUUUGUACGAGACUGCUAGAGCAUGAUCCGGACGUCCGGAUCAAGGUGCAAGACGCUUUACGACAUCCUUAUCUAACCGAGCCUAUUCCAGAGCCUGCAUAAAGUUGAAACUGGUAUAGCAGAAUGGCGAUUCAGUGAAUGGCGCCUUCAUCAUUGGCGAUAUAAUAACCUAAUCUGGGUUAUAGUACGGGAUAAUUGUCUAUGAUUCUCAUCAUGCUCUUUAUCAUGAUAAAAUGUCAUGUUCGGAUGCUCUCCGCAUUUUCUUUUUUCCCUCAAUACAAUCAUAUGUGUACUAUUCAUCAGUUUUCUUUGUUUCCCUUUUCUCGUUCAUCGUAUCUAUGGAAAGUUCUCGGUAUCUCUUCUUUUUUUGCGUUUCUUUGUUUUCGAUGAUUACUACAAUUAUCACUUGACGAAAUGGGAUGUUUCACGAAGGCAAGUAGAUUGAAUGCAAAAUGUUAGACGAUCAGUGCAGCCUAUCAAAGUGCAGGCGCUUUUGGAAUUUCUG